CCUCAAACUAAGUCCUACUCAAAACCAUGUCACCUGUGCGAAAGGGCCGUAAGAUUGCCUUAGUUGGCGCCAGUGGUAACCUCGGGCAACAUACUCUCACGGCACUGCUCUCCCAUGGCAUCCACAACAUUACCAUCAUCGUCCGCAAUGAAUCCACCUCUCGAUUCCCUGACAAUGUCGCCGUCAAGAGGGCCGCUUUUGACGAUGAAGCUGCCCUUAUCCCUCUUUUGAAAAGUCAAGAGGUCCUGGUCUUACAACUCGGCAUCACAGCGGUGGGCCUAAGCGACGUCUUCAUCCAGGCAGCAGCAAAGGCCAAUGUUCCGUACAUCCUUCCGACCGAGUUUGGGAGUGACCCAGAGGGUAAAAUCAUCGAAGAGCUGCCGGAGAUUGCCACCAAGCUCAAAUACCGAGAGCUCAUCCAAAAGCUGGGAGUUGGAUCAUGGAUUGGUGUCAUUACCAACCCCUGGUACGAUUUUUGCCUACCUAUGGGUGAUAUUCUAGGUAUCAAUGCCAAAACACUCAAGGCUACGCUUUGGAAUGGAGGAAACGUCAAGAUGAAUUACACUACACUCCAUCGAGCUGGAGUGGUAACCGCUGAGGUUGUGGCUAUGCCAGACGACGAGCUAGCACGCUAUCGGAACAGAUGCUUCUACACAACUUCUUUCCACGUCACGCAGAGAGAGAUGCUCAAUAGCGUAAUGCUCGCGACUGGAACGUUUAAGAACGAUUGGGACAUUCGCGAGGAAUCUGUGAACGAGGUUCUUGAAAGGGCCAAUGCGAUGAGCGGGGCUGACGCACAUGCCGUGAUGCUCGCGAAAUUUAUCCCUUUACAUUAUAAGGAGGGCCAAGGAGGCGACUUCAACAGUAAGACUGAGGAUCUCAGCUGUUUCGGUCUGGAAGAGGAAGACUUCCAUGCCGUCACAAAGGAGAUAGUUCAGCGAAUCCUGUCGCAGUAG